AUGGACACAAUGGACAAAGCCCUUACCUUGUCCCUGACCUCGGUGAUCCAGGUAGCAGCCGCUGCUGCUGCGGCCCAGCAGCAGAACCUCGCUGCUGGCAGAGGGACUGAGGCAAUUGCCGAAGAGGUGGAAGGGGAGACGGAGGCGGAGCAGGAGGAUGACAUGGGAGAGUCGCACUUGGCCGCCCUGAAGUCCGAUGAACGU